AUGAGUGAAAGCAGUCCAGAAAAAAAACAAGAAGAAUUAGAAAUGACUUCAUAAUAAAAAGAUAAUGGAACCAAUAAUUAAAUACUUACUGUUUUAAAUGAUUAGUAGGAAGAGGCUUAGCAAGAAUAAUAACCAUUAAAUAUGUAGGAUGGAUAAGAUGAACCUUCAAUGUUGACAAUUCCUGAGGAAGAAGAAGAUAAAUUUUAUCCUUAUUAUCACGGUGAGAAAAGUUGGAUAAUAUCAAAGUUUUUUUUCUUACAUCUGACAGAAUAUUCAUUAUUUUUAAAGAGAAAUGUAUUAGACAAAGGACAUAAAAUUCUCGAAAAACACCUACCAAAAUUAUCACCUUGGGAAGACUUAAAAGAAUCUGUGGAAGUUUCAUAAAAAACAGUGAAAUAAAAAAAAAAAAUUUCUUGUGGUGAUUUAGUGAAAAUUAUAUUUUUUGGUUAAUUAAAGUGGAUAAGUUUAGGAUGUUUUUUCUCAUAUAGUUUAGAAGCUCUUGUAAGAAAUGGCGUAUCAAUAGUAAUGAGUAAAGUAAUUACGAGUGCUGCAAAUAAUGAAAAAGAUAAUGCAUAUGGAUUCGCUACAUUGUUGGUGUUUCUAAAUUUAUUAUGUGUUUUUACAAGACAUCAUGGUUAUAACUUAGCUAUGAUUUUUUCAUCAAAAGCAAGAAUGACACUUAUAAAUUUAGUCUACAUAAAAUUAACAGAAUUAAGUGCCUACUCCAUAAAAGAGGCAAAUAUAGGUAAAAUAUUAAAUUUAGUUUCUGGUGAUAUAAAUUAUCUUGAAUUCGUACUUAUUAUGAUAUUCUAAAGCAGUGUAUGUUUUAUAUCUAUGAUUUUUGGAUGCUACAUUUUAUGGGAUAGAUUUAGUGGACCUAUUGGAAUGAUUGCACUUGCUAUUAUAUUUGUAGCCUAUCCUAUAUAAAUAUUACUCUAAUCUUUUAAUUCUGAGACUCUUAAAACUUCUAAGUAAUAUUAAGAUCAAAGAUUAAAAUUAACUAAUGAACUUAUUGAAGGUGUCAGACUUAUUAAAAUGUAUGCUUGGGAAUUAGCUUUUAAUAAAAUGAUAUCAAUUAUGAGAUAAAAGGAGUAUAUAUGUUUAUUAAAAAUCAGUUUUAGAUCAGCUAUUGAUAGAUUAUUUAGUUUAAUUUCUUAAGUUUGGUCAAGUUUUAUUUUCUUUGUUAUUUUAUAUUAUGGAGGCUUCAGACAAACUAUGACUGUGGCUGAAAUGAUUUCAACAAUUCAAUUACUUACAUUUUUUAAAAUAAGUUGUGUUUUUAUGGUUUCAUAUGGAAUUUAAUCAGUAAUCCAUAUUAAAGUAUCAUUUACAAGAAUAGCAACUAUUUUAAAUAUAGAAAAUUCAGAAAUGACAAGUUUAGAUAAGAUUUUAUUGAAAUCAGAUAAUAAUACUUAAUCCAAAGAAUAUAAUGGUCCAAGAAUUUAACUUAAAAAUUUUACUUCAUUUUGGAUAAGCAAAGUUACUGAGACUACAAAACCAGUUCUUAAAAAUUUAACAUUGGAUAUAUAAGCUGGAGAGGCUUGGGCUUUUAUUGGAAGAGUUGGUUGUGGAAAAUCAACUCUUCUUAGUGCCUUUCUACAUGAAAUUCCUGCGUAUAAAGGAUCAUUCAAAAUUGAUGGUUAAGAAGCCAAUAAAGGUGUCUUAACUAUUGCAUAUGUUGAAUAAGAACCAUUUAUUUUUCCAGAUACUAUUAAAAGAAAUAUCUUGUUUGGUAGAACAUAUGAUAAAGUUUUGUAUCAAAAAGUGUUGCAUGCUUCUUAAUUAGAAGCAGAUUUAUCUUUGAUGAAAUUUUAAGAUCAUACAGAAAUUGGAGAAAGAGGUACAACUCUAUCAGGUGGUUAAAAGGCUCGUUUAUCUUUAGCUAGAGCUUUAUAUUAAUAGGCUGACCUAUAUUUAUUUGAUGAUCCUUUGUCUGCUGUUGAUGCAAGUGUAGCCAAAAAUAUAUUUCAUAUGGCUAUCAAAGAAUUCAUUUUUGAUUAUUAAAUAUAAAGAAAUCCAUCAAAGAAAAAACCAAUUGUUAUUUUGGUUACACAUUAGGUAUAAUAUGCUGUUGAAUGUGAUAAAAUUGCAAUAUUAAAUGAUGGAGAAUUAAUUGCUUAAGGUUCUUAUGAGGAUAUUAAAUCAAAUUUAUAUAUGAUAAAUGAAGAAUUAGCCCAAUAAUUAAACAACACUAAAGAAUCAAAAAAAUAAGAAUUCAUUAGACCAUAAUUUUAGAAAAGAAUAAAAAUGAGAAAUUCUGUUGCUAAUAACCUUAUAGGUAAAGAAGCUGAUUAGCAAUCAUUGAUUACUUUAAAAACAUAUUUUAGAUACUAUAAAUUUUGGAAUUUAAUAAUCAUUUUAUGCGUUUUAAGUUUAGAAGCUGGUUCAGAAGUUCUUAAUAAUUUCUAUUAGAGAAUCAUUUCCCUUUUUGAAGAAUAUUAAUAAGAAAAUGAUAUAGAUACUGCUUACUUUCUUUUAGGAAUGUUAACUUUAGGGCUUUUCCUUUCUAAUUUUAUGAAAUAUGCUUUAAAUACAUAUUCAGUUUAAACAUCCACUUAGAAAAUACAUUAGUAAAUGCUUAAAUCUUUAACUUUAGCCCCAGUUUCAUAUUUUGAUGUAAAUCCUUCUGGAAGAAUUAUCAAUAGAUUUUCAAAUGAUUUAUCUUUGUGUGAUAAUUAAACAAACUCUGUUAGUUUAGAUGUUUUGGAAAUUAUUGGUGGUUUUAUAUUUGCUCUUAUAACUUUGGCUAUCUUACAACCAUACUUUUUAAUUAUGAUUGUUUUUAUUAUCACUGUCGAUAUUUAUUAGUUUAGCUAUGCAAAGAAGAUUAUUAGUUAACUUAAAGAGGUUGAGUUAAUGUAAAGAAGCCCUUUAUUUGAUUUUUUAAAGAAAACUUUAGGAGGUGUCAUCUAAGUUAGAGUUUAUGAAUAACAGGCAUGGUUUAGAGAAUAAUUUUUAGAGAUUUCAAAUAAAUGCAAUCUUAAUGCCCUAACAUAUUAUUAUUCUUCAAGAUCUUUUGGUUUUAAUUUGGAUCUAGUAGGAUUUAUAGCUUAGACAGUAGGAAUAUUCAUUUUUGUAAAAUUAAAUUAUGAUGAUGUUGCAAUUUUGUCUUAAGGAUUAUUACUUUUGACUACAUAUAAUGAUGCUUUAUAAUGGGGAUUAAGGCAAUUAAUUACUUUUGAGACUUAAAUGAAUUCAUAUAAUAGAAUGUUUUAAAUUAUUGAUAUAUUACCAGAGUCUCCUCAUGUAAAAGAAGAAGAUUCAAAAUAUCCAGACUUUCCAAAAGAUGGUAGAGUUAAAUUUUAAAAUGUUUUUAUGAGAUAUAGAUAAAAUUGUGAUUUAGUAUUAAAAGGAUUGUCAUUUGAUAUUUAAAGUGGUUAAAAGAUAGGUUGUGUUGGAAGAACAGGAGCAGGAAAGUCUUCAAUUCUAUAAGCAAUCUUUAGAAUGUCAGAGAUUGAAAAUGAUAAAGAAUCAAAAUUAUUAAUUUCAGAUUUAGAUGUUAGAAAAUUAGGAUUACAUAAAUUAAGAAGUAAUAUUGGAAUCAUUCCUUAAUCACCUUUUUUAUUUACAGGAACUAUAAGACGAAAUUUAGAUCCUUUUGAUAAUUUUACUGAUGAAUAAUUAUGGAAGGCUUUAGAAUAGACAGAUCUUAUAAAUCAUGUAAAAGCAUUUUAAAAUGGUCUUUUAACAGAUAUGAGUGAUGUAAAUUCAGUAUUUUCAGUUGGUUAAAAAUAAUUAAUUUGUUUAGCUAGAAUAAUUCUUUUCUAAAAGAAAAUUAUUGUUUUAGAUGAGGCAACUGCAAAUGUUGAUAUGAAAACAGAUGAUUUUAUUUAGGAAACCUUAAAAAAAAAAUUUACAGAUUGUACUUUAAUAACAAUUGCACAUAGAUUAAACACAAUUGCUGAUUAUGAUAAAGUUAUGGUAGUAAGUGAAGGAUAAGUCAUUGAAUUUGAUACUCCUUUUAAUUUAUUAGCUAAUUCAAUUAAUUCAACCUAUGUAGAUAAAAAUACAGAAUUCUCUAGACUGGUUAAAAAUACUGGUGAUUAAAAUGCUUAAGCAAUUUUUGAUAUUGCUAAAUAAAAGCAUAUCAAAAUAUGA